CACGUCUUCACCAAAGUAUUCGCGAAUUCAAGUUCAACCCGUCGACUCUGGGCCACAUAACCGUAUCAACCAACUGUGCAUGCUGAGCCGUCGUAUGUCAUAUCGCGUCACUUCACUGAAUUGCUCCUUCUCUCGCAGAACUGUCUCUGGACGGUAUUGCCACGCAUCUGCCAUGUCGUUCUACAAACGAAAAGAACCACCGACCUCUUCACCAGACGACGCGAAGAAGCCCAAGAAGAAUGGCAGCCUUACCUCCUUCUUUGGUCCUCCAAAGGUCACUCCGAGAGGCGGGGCGAAUGCAGUGUCACACCAAGAUGGAGCUCCCACAGCGUCCAGUGAACCACCACCACCAACAUUCGACAAGGACAAAUGGGCAGCAGGUCUCACUGAUGAGCAAAGGAAGCUCCUCAAAUUGGAGAUCGACACACUGGAUCCAAGUUGGUUGUCUGUACUGAAAGAGGAGAUCGUGACACCGAGCUUUCUAGACUUGAAGCGAUUUUUGCAGAAGGAGAUCGACUCGAAGCAGAAGAUCUAUCCGCCUUUGGAGGACGUCUACAGCUGGUCGCGUCAUUGUCCCCUCCAUAAAGUCCGCGUCGUGAUCCUAGGCCAAGAUCCGUACCACGGUCACAACCAAGCGCAUGGUCUGUGUUUUUCCGUGCGACCACCCACACCCGCACCUCCCUCCCUGAAGAACAUCUACAUUGCAAUCAAGAAGGAAUACCCCAGUUUCAGCCCACCGCCUAAGAACGGGGGUCUGCUUACUCCAUGGGCAACCCAAGGGGUCCUCCUCCUCAAUACCUGCCUGACCGUUCGCGCCAGUCAGGCCAAUUCGCACUCCAACCACGGCUGGGAGAAAUUCACCCAAAAGGUCAUCGAUACUGUUGUCAAAUUGCGAACCCGCGGCGUGGUCUUCUUGGCAUGGGGCACGCCGGCGCAGAAGCGAUGCGAAAAGAUUACGGGAGCGCGUCAUCUAGUGUUGAAAAGUGUCCAUCCCUCGCCCCUCAGUGCGAGCAGGGGUUUCUUCGACUGUGGACAUUUCAGAAAGACCAACGAUUGGUUGGAGACCCGUUACGGGAAGGAAGGGAUCAUAGACUGGGACUUGAACGUGCCGCAGCACCCCAUCAAGGCGCCGGCAGUGGAGCAGCCGGUAAAAGUCACAGAAACCCAGAAGGAAGAAUCCCAAAACGCUGGGCCGGCAACUGAUCUCCCCGAGAAGACCAAUGGGAAGAAGAUAGUGCAGCAAGAGGAGUUUGAAGGGGAGGACGAUGAGGAUGCCAUUGCCGCGUUAGAGGAGAUUGCGGCGUUGGAGGCAAAGACCGAGGCCGAGGUCAAGGUCAAGGGGGACGGCGAGGCUUAGAAGACAAGCGCGUCAAAGACAUGAAGCCUUUGGGGAUUCCGCUCCAGCCGCGCUUCUUUUGCUGCACCAGAGCGUGCAUGCUCGAGCACUGGAUCAUGGCUGGUUGGCUCUUUCCCUCCAUUUCUACGGGGGUAUGUUUGGAAAGGAGUUAUGGGAUCAUUGUACCAAAAAAAAAGUCUGCCGAAAAAGAACAUGUUGAGCAUGGUGUCCGGGCGUUCACGGUUGGAUGUGGUCAAUCUUUGCUGGAAUGAGAGGUAAUUGGCCAUCUUGCUGCCCCUGUAGGAGGAAAAGCAGACGGCACACACAGACACAGACAACGAGGAUCUCUUUUUCUCACUCUCCUUAUAGUUUUCGAUUGUUAGAGCAGUGCAUUCGCGGUAUUAACACGACCGUGCUCUGAGAACAUGAGCCUUGUCCCACGGUGCACUGCAGUGCAUAGCAAGCAUGAAGGGACCGUGAGAUAGUGCGUUU